AUGAGGCUGGUGCUCGGCCUGUCGUCUCACAGAAACAGACCAGCGUCAGAGCCUCACCCAGCACCCUCCGCCCUCCCCCGUCUGCGCCACGUGAUCUGCGAGAGACCGGGGACUCCGUGCGUAAAGGGCUCAUCUGCGGCGCGAGGAUCAGGAGAUUCAGUCAAGAACCACUCAGAAGGUGAACACAAGCUUCAUACAUCACAAUCAUGGCCGAACAGCUCCAGCGGAUGCAUCGCCGGAGACAUCUUCCCCGUGUUCGCCAUCGCUGCACCCAUCGUCAGACUGGCCCUGGACAAUGUGGAGAGCAAGGAGGCCGUCUACAUGAAGGAGCAGUUCCAGAAGGUGCGCGAGCGUCUGGAGGUGGUGUCCGAACAGAUCCAGCGCAUCAACGACGAGAUCAAGAAGAGCGGAGCCGACGCCGCCUACUUCUCCGUGGAGGAAAACAUCACCAACCAGUUCCGCAAGUACAUGGACAUCCUGAACGCCAAGCCCAAGUUCCGCGAGGUCAAGAAGAAGCUGUUCCUCGACCAUUUCGCCAAAACGGGCGGCGAGAAAAACCUGCACACGCUCUACAACGCCGUCACGGGGGACAACUUCUCCGGAGAGUCGGUGUUGGAGAUCACCAUGAACUACGAGGAGAAGAACCGGCGCGCUAUGGAGGAGUUCUGCGCCCGUAUGAAGCGGCUGUUCUGCAUCGGGCUGAUCGCUCUGCUGGGACACGCCGCGCUCAAGGACUACGGUGAAGAUGCGCAGCUGCUGGACGACUGGAACCAGCGCAUGAAGACGGUGCAGAAGAAGAUGGACGCUCUGAUUGAAGACUGCAUCGUGAGCUUCCCCAAACUGGCCGAGCAGGACUGUCGCCGCAUGGUGCGAGACCGCGGCGGCUCCAGCUGCGAGCAGACGGCGCAGGAGCUGCUGGACAAGCUCACGCAGCGCUACGACUGGGUGCGCUGGUCCGUGCGCGUCUUCCGCUCGCCCACCGGUUUUCUGGCCAAAAAGAGGGACUUCCACUGCCCCACAGGGAAGAGCCGCUUCCAGGUGUCGAGUUCGGAGGAGCGCCUGGUGGUGGUGGUGUCGUACAGCGCGUCGCCGGAGCCCGUGGACCGAGCGCGCGUGGCGGAGUUGGUGCAGGCGCAGAAGAAGGUGUCUGUGGGGACGACGGCGGAGUUUCUGUUCAGGGAGCUGCCCGGAGACUGCGUGGUCCACACCGUGAAGACCAAAGACCUGGCCCUGGCCUCCAGCUUCAGCCCCGAGGAGCACUACUGGGAGGAGCACGACAAGGUGCACGUGUGUGUGCACUCGGCAUGA